AUAUUCACCGGUCUUUCUCUAUGACGCUUGAGGCGCAUGCAACCUUACUAACUUUGUCUAUUUUGCGCAUGUAGCGCUUGGCCGCUCAGACCCGGUUUAUCUUGCCUAUCGUUCUCCUCACCUGUCUUGUGUCUCGGGACGAUUCGAUCUCAAAACGACUCAGUCCUUCCGAAGUCUGUUUCGAUAUAUGACUUUUCACCGAGUAACCAUUGCAUACUCAACACUUUGCAUGAGGAUCAUAUACUAGACCACCUCCGCUUACCUACGGUUUUGUAUCAUAUUCGGCUCACCGUAACGACGUUCCGGCGACGACCUGCGAUCAAAAGGGCCCGUGCUACUGUGCUUCCUUUCCAUGACUCUUUUCGCCCAGUUAUAUAAUUCAUCAUGUUUUGGCGUUUCGGAGGAUAUGCGAGUAUCUCCGCCAUCGAUACCCUGCUAGACAAGCCCGAUGUCACCCUUGAAGAGCUGUUGGAUGAGUCUGAGCUCAUCCAAGAGCUCAAACAAAAUAAUACGAAGCUCAUAGAAUUCUUACGAGAAGAUAAUGUUCUUAAACGACUCAUGGAUUAUGUCACUGCGCCUAGUCUGGUGAAUGAAGACGACGAAGAUGAUGACGAUCACGAGAACAAUGCGCAGACGAACAGAGAUGAUGAUGCAACGGAAGAGGCCAAGGGGGGUGACCCCCUUAAGGAUAUUCUGGACCCCGAAGACCUGGAGCGGGCGGAGAAGGAUCGCAUGAAGCGAGCCUACGUCGCAUGCGAAAUUCUGUCGUCGGAGAUAUGGUCGAUCGUGGAGUCCAUUCUGCUCAAUCCCGACAACUUACGAGAUUUCUGGGGGUUCUUGCGGCGCUCCUCCCCUCUGGACUCUGCUCAGGCGAGUUACUUUACAAAAGUGAACGAAACUCUAUUCGACAAGAAAACCAGUGAAAUGCUGGAGCUAUUCAAGUCAAUGGACGGAAUUGUACCGGCAAUUCUGCAGCACGUGGACAACCCCAUGGUCAUGGACCUUUUACUCAAAAUAAUCAGCUUGGAGAAGGUAGAAGGGGGCCAUGGCAUUGUCGAUUGGCUGAAAACCCAGAACCUCAUACCCACGCUCCUCUCAUUUCUUUCCCCGGAUCACCCUGCCUCGGUGCAGACCUCGGCUGGGGAUUUCCUCAAAGCUAUCAUCACCAUAUCCGCGAACGCAACACAGAAUGACCAAUCCUGCAUUGGCCCUAACAGCCUCACCCGUCAGUUGGUCUCCGUGCCGUGUGUGGAAAGUCUCAUCAAGGCCAUGCUGCAAGGUGGAAACCCUCUGACAGUCGGUGUUGGUAUCGUCAUCGAAGUGAUCCGGAAGAACAACUCCGACUACGAUCCUGAGAAUAUCAAUGGUCCGGACUCACUCCCCACCACAUACGAUCCGAUCUACCUCGGGAAUUUGCUUCGGCUUUUUGCCAAACACAUACCGGACUUCAUGGCGCUGAUCCAAAGCUCGAAACACACUGUGAACGACGGGGGCAAGGUGAGAAGUGUAGAAAGGGGGAAGCUCAACUCAGCUUGGGGUGCCAAGAUCGAGCCCCUGGGCUUUGACAGAUUCAAGACGUGCGAAUUGAUGGCCGAACUGCUACAUUGCAGUAACAUGGGCCUUCUGAACGAGCCGGGGAGUGACGAUUACGUACGGCAGCGUGAUGCUGAGCGCGAGAGGCUCAUGCGCGAAGGUGUCUUCAACCCGCACCGCGAAGAGACAUCGGCAUUCGAUGGGAACGACUCUACGGUGGAUUUUGUCAAUGGAUCCGUCAUUGGCUACGGUUCCCCUGAGGGCUCUAGAGUGCUUGAGGUCGCCAAUACGGGCGAGGAAAGCUUCGAGGACGUUAGCGCAUCCGGUGUUCUGGUCGACAAGGAGAAGGACGCUGAAGUGAAGGACACCAGCAGCCCCGAGUCCAAGCCGGAGUCCGCAGCUCCCUCGCAGCAUGCCCCGACAGAAUCAGCCGAAAAUGCUUCAAAUGGCGCAUCGGAGGACGGCUCACACGAUGAAAACCCUGCGAGUCAGGUUCGGGCACAUACGCCUACUUCCGAUCCUGUGUCAGCUACUGCGUCAGGUAUAGCGGAAGUUAGCCUGGGCGGUGGACAGACCACCAAGGAAGGCCAGCCAGCUGCAGAAGCGGCUUCCAACGGUAUGGAAGACCAGACCACGGCGUCUUCCCAAGCCGAACAGGAAUCGGCUCCUCUCGUAGACCAAACAAAUAAUCAACAGAGCUCCUUGACGCCUGAUACUGCUGGCCAGGUCGGCGAUGCUUCAAGCUCAGUUCCACCCGCUUCCGACUCGGCGCCAAACGACGGUGAUGUGCCGCGACAGCUGCACCCAGAUGUUCAGAUCGAUUCCAACGGGCAACCUGUUGUUGGUGACUAUCUCAAGAUUAUGUUCGUUGAAAACAAGGUGGUACCAACUAUUUUGGACUUCUUUUUCCGAUUCCCCUGGAACAACUUCCUUCACAACGUUGUCUAUGAUGUUGUCCAACAAGUGUUCAACGGUCCCAUGGACCGCGGCUACAAUCGUCUGCUGGCCAUUGACGUUUUUGAGACUGGCCAAAUCACCCAGAGCAUUAUCGAAGGCCAAAAGCGCAGUGAUGAGGCGCAGCGAACCAAACAGAUCCGACUAGGAUACAUGGGCCACUUGACGUUGAUUGCUGAAGAGGUUGUGAAAUUCAGCGAACGGCACCCGCCCGAGUUGCUCUCUCCUACGGUUAUGGAGAAUGUGCUGAACCCUGAGUGGAUAGACUAUGUUGAGCAAACGCUUUCUGAGACCAGGGAGCGCGACAACGCCAUUCUUGGAGGGGUGCGCCCUGACAUGUCGAUUGGACAUCGCCAAGGCAUGCUCAAUUCCGGCCAGAGCGCGAACACAUCAUCGGCGCUUGCUGACGCUGGCCUGAAUGGCUCGGUGGGAGGCUCCGGGUUCCAGGGCUUUGACAUGAUGAACCAAGGAAGUGUCUCCGGCGGAGCUUUCGGGCUAAACAGUGGUAAUUCCCUACUAAGCGGGUUCGCUAGCUCCAGCGAUGACGAUGAGGAUGAGGAAAUGGAAGAUCAAGACGAUCGGAAUAUGGCCGAGCCUUCUGCUGAAGGCGGCUCUGACAAUGUGGGUCAUCACCUUUUCACUGAUGUCGAUAUGCGCGAUGCUUGACGCAAUCCUGGAUAUCCCUCUCCUCCCUACCCUUUACCUUCUUCUUCUGCGGCCAUCUUUGCAUCAUUUGGUACACCCUGUGUUGGUUGAUCUUUCUUUGGAUUCGGGCCUUGGGCUGGUAUACAUUUCAUGCUGCGGCUGGGAUAGCGCAUGAUGGACGAGAGGAGCGACGGAGGUCGUGGAGGGCCUUGCACAUAGAGCGUUCUCCGGCGCUUUACUUUACGUAUGAAGUCAUUCUAAAGAACUCCUGCUCCCCGCUAUCAUGUUGCAACUUUCUGGAACUAAGCAUGUGCUUGCCGGUCACACCAGUAGUUUCU